AUGGAUGCUUCCUCGGCCUACCCCUCUUCUACUUGGGCUGUUCCUGGGGACUUGGCACUUGUGGCACUUGGGCAGCUCCUCACCGUGCGUUUGGUCCACACCCCACUGGCCAAUCCCGGUUCACCUGAAUCCCCACACGCGGAGGGUACAACCUCCAUAGCAUUGUCAGCCGAACUUGCAUCCGAACAGUCUCUCAUGACUGAUCCUCCGGAUCAGAACCAGAGUGAUCUUAACCUAAGCUCUGAUACCAAUUGUGACACCCGCUCCCUCCGGUCCAACCAACCAACCGGGAACUGA